UCUUUCCUAAUACACACACGCACACAUACAUAUAUAUGCUACAGCAGUAUUUGUUAAAAGCCAGAAUGAAUGGGAUCUGUCAACGAUCUAUCAUUACUACUCUGAAACCAAUGACCGGGGUCUUCUCCCCCAUGAUCUUGCAUCGCAAGGCAUCUACAAAUAUGUCCUUUUCAUCAAAUAAAUCAAAACUUCCAAAUGAUAUCAAAAAACGUGUAGAGCAUAGAUUUGUCAAUGUGGAUUCUCCAUUUUCAAAAGCAAAUAAAAAAAUCUAUCUUAUGCCCAGCGAUCCUUACUUUGCAUCGGAAAAAGUUAAAAAAAUUUUAAAAUUAGGAUCUUUGGAUGAUGCGGUCGAUUAUGUUAAAGCUUUACCUUCUUAUUUACAAACUGUUGUUCUUUGGAAUCAACUCUUUAAAUAUUGUGCAGAUCAUGGAAAAGCAAAUAUGGCAGAGAAAUAUUUUGUACAGAUGCGAAAACGUGGAAUUGCACCUAAUGAAUAUACAUUUGCACACAUGUUUACAUCAUUUGAAAAAAGUACAUCACCUGUUGCAGUGAGUCGUGCUGAAUCCUGGUUUGAAAAGAUGAAAAAAUAUGACAUCAAACCUUCAAUAUUUCAUAUUAAUAUAUUGAUGCGAGUCUAUAAUUCAGCUAAUCGUCCAGAGAUGGUAAUUGAUAUUUUAAAAAUGUUAACAUCCGCAAAUAGACAUGAUGAUAUUAUUCCUGACGUAGUCACCUUUUCAACUGCUCUUCAAAGUUGUUCAAAACUAGAGAAUUUAAGUCAAGCAUCAACUGAAAUUCAAAAUAUAUGGCAAAUAAUCAAAUGUCGAACUAGUAGGAAUACAUCAGAACAUUCUGAAUCGAGCUCAUCUCCACAUUCUUUAUUGGCAGAGAAAGCUUCCAAGAUUAAACUGAAUGAGAAUACACUUCGUAAUCAGAAUCAGAGCCCAUUAAAACUUGACGACGAACUAAUCAUGUCUCUCUUAAAUGCCGUGGCAAAGACGGCAGUAGAAGAACAGGGAGAUAUAUUAAUAGCAAUAGAAGCUAUUAAUUAUCUUUAUUCUCUCUAUCCUGUUAGUGCAGCAGAGAUGAUGAACAUGUAUGACCAUAAGAAUAAGGAACACAUCUAUGGAUUUGGAUAUCAACCCUCUAUUAAAGUGCUAGAUGCUAUUUUACGUUUUACAGGCAAGGUGAAGAAAUUUCAAUUGGGACGUGAUUAUUUUCGUUUAGCAUUACACCAAUAUCCUCAAUUAAAGCCUGAUGAAUUUUUGUAUGAAACUGCUUCAUGGCUUAGUAAACAGAUAAAGACAAAGCAAGUUCAUAAGAAAAAGAAGACAUUUAAUUUAAAAAACGAACGAAAUUAGAAGGGAGAAAAAGAAGAAGAAGAAGAAGAUUACUUAUACUUGUAUAUCAUAUUGAAUGUAUAGAUUAAAUUACAUUUGUAAAUAGUUACUA